GCUAAACUAAUUGGAAAAGUGUAACUAGAUUAAUUUAAUUAACUAAUUCCCAAAUGUAAAUAAUGAUCUUAUACUGUAAUCUAAAGGAAGGAGAUGGUGCGCAUGGAGCACAAAUCCCGUAGCAAUUAUCCUGUUGUAUGGACAAAAGUUGCCGAGGCUGAAACGAAUAAGUUUUAUCAUCAGGACGAAAUUGACAAACAGCUGAAGGAGAAACAAACUCUUCAAGAGGUUUGUCCUUAUGAGCAUGAUGGCAAGGGCGAUGCUCACUUUAUUUCACCACAAAUGCACAAGAAUCUUAUGGAAAUUUGCCGCUGUGGUCGACCACGACGUGGCAUCCACAUGGGUAAAUGUUUACAACGUGCAAUCAAUCCACACUUGCAACAACAAGCCGGCGAAACCGAGGAAGCUUUUGUUGUGCCGCGCACUUCGAACUCUACUAUAGGAUUGCGCAGCGCUGCCUAUAAGAAGUUGGAGCAGUCAAUGCAAUACGUUUCCCCCACUUAUUCUAUGCCGGGUCCUCGCGUCACCGCCGCACCUUAUAAUGUCAUAAUUAUAGGCUAAGAAUAUUAAAGCUCAGCAGACUGAAGUAAAAGUUUAUUCAGCAAUGAGUAACACAUCGAGCUGAGUCAGCAUAAAGUCAGCUAAAUAUUUGUAUAAUUGCAAAUCUUAUUUCUUAAUUGUGAAUCCAUUUAAUUGAAACUUGAUCUACAUUUGUCUUUUGAUAUUGAAUUAUAUUACUAAAAUAAUAUAUAAGUAACCUCGGGAAAGAUUCUGUUCUACUGUACUGCAGAAAACUUUCCUUGCUUAUUAAAAUAUUAUAUAAUUAUGCGUGGGAGACUUUCCCGGCUGU